AUUUAUCCGGAUAAACGCGAUCAAGAAGUAUAGACGUUGUGGGAGCAUGAUGAUAGAAGGAGGGUAAGGCAUAACACGUCUACAUACUCGCAAGCAUUAAAUCCGUACAGGUUCCGACAGGUUGCCAACCGCAAGCUCGCACCACAUGUGGCCUCCACGUUUCUCCCAUGACAAACUUACGUGAGACGGUGUACAUCAAACCAUAACAUAUUCCAGAGGACGAAUGCCUUUCUCGAAAAGGAUGUCGCUUCGAUAUUCGAGUUUCUUCGAACGAGCUAAAUAUCAACGAUCUGAAAAUAUAAUAAAUAUCUUCAAUGUUAAAUUUUACGAUCAUUAAAUAAUGAUCGUACGUUUGAAUAUAUAUUAUAUAUUGGAUGUUUAAAUAAUUGAAAAGAAAAAGAAAAAAAUAAAUGGUAUAAUUAUUACGAUAAAUUCGAUAUCAGAAGAUAAGAACUGGGUGAUUAAUUCGAGUGAUACGAUCCUGGCGCCCGGUCCCGUAGCGGUGGACAUAGCCGCGGAAGAUGGAAGGAAAGCGCACGGGACCGCACAGUUCAGUCGCCUUUUACCGGCCUUACCGAGAGGAUCGGAUCGUUGCAGAUCGGCGUGCGCGUACGUACGACUCCCUUCGAGAGCUAUAACGUAGAGCGAGAGAGGCCGAUGAUACUGUAAAACGUACAAAGAGGGACGACAAGUAAAUAAAAUAUAAAAGGAAAGGGAAAGGAAACGAAAAGAAAAGAAAAGGAAGGGAAAGGAAAGGAAAGGAAAGAAAAGGGAAAAUAAAAGAAAAAGAAAAGGAAAGAGAAAAGAAAAGAAAAGAAAAGAAAAGAUAAGAAAGAAAAAUUGAGAAGAGGAAGAUAAAAAAAAAAAAGGUUUACCACCUUAGAAAGUUUUGUACAGGAUCAAUCUAAGAAUGAAAUUCUUCCUCUGCCUGGUUGAAGAAGGCAGCGGUAGUAGAUGUUCUAUAAAAUUUAUUCGAAACAAUUAUCUUGAUUCUAAAAGAAAACGACAAGGGCGUUUGUGGCGGAACGAUAGCAGCAUAAGCUGCUACGACGCUUGAGAAGAAGGGACACCCUUGUAAGCUGAUUUUCUUUCUUUCUUUAUUUCUCUCUCUCUCUCUCUCUCUCUCUCUCUCUCUCUCUCUCUCUCUCUCUCUACCUCUCCCUCCUCCUCUCUCUUUCUCUCUCUCUCUUCCUCUCUUUCUCUCUCUCUAUUUGUCUGUCUGUCUGUCUGUCUGUCUGCCUGUCUGUCUCUCUUUUUAUCGAAGAGAAACGCAAGACAACCAACGCGUUUUAUAGAGAGAAACAGUGCGUGUGAAAGAGAAAGAGAGAGUGAUCAAAAGAGAAAAAUAAUAAUUCUCACGCCGGCGAACGUUCGAAGAGGGGAAAUCAAUCGUUAAUUUCAUCGUUCAUUUUCGAAUCUCUCCUCGAAUCGGUAUUACUACUAUACUACGGUGUUAUCCGUCUCUCUCUUUCUCACUUGUCCUAAAACCGCGAGAUUCGAACUCGCGCCAAAGUGCGUUCCACAGUGGAUACUACUACUAUCUCGCAUUUGGAUUACGACACGAAGUGGUGGCUGUCAGGUAAUAUGCCAGUGCCUGUAUGGGAUUGCCCGGAACUGGGCCCUAUGGACGAAGCCCUGGAAACAGCAAGCGUCGUUUCGGAGGAUAUCUGGAAGAAGUUCGAUUUGGACUUCCCAUUGGAUAUCUAUUCCAACCGAUCGUAUGACGAGACCGUUCUUCCUGAGCUUAUCUAUGACAAAGUUACGUGUAUGGCAUCUCGUGAGAUUCGUCAUCAUGAUUGUAUGUGGGCCGGCUUGUGUAUCAGCAAAGAACACAAUAGAACCUUGCCUGCUAAGAAAGAUUCUCAGUUACAAAAGAAAAUACCAGCUGGUAGAAGUUUGCUAAUAUCACGUGCUAGUACAUCAGCACGUUCCUUGAUGAAUGCUCAGCAACAACAUCAAGCGUUACAACAACAACAAUUGCUGCAACAACAACAACAACAGCAGCAGCAGCAGCAACAACAACAACAACAACAACAACAACAACAACAAUCAUCACAAUCUCAGAAAUGUCGUGUGAAGAGUUUAGAAAGUGAUGGAGAUUCCACAAGACCAGACACACCACCAACAUCAACGUCUGAUACAGAUACAGACGACGAAGUUCCUGUCUUUAGACAUGAUCAGAUCAAUAUACACGAGAAGCUAUCGGAAUGUAUGUCCGAAUCGAUCAUUAGGGCGGCGCCGGUAAGCGAAGUUACGGGUCAGCUUGUCAGACGAUUUUAUGACAGAAGGAAAGAAGAAGAAAACAAUCAACAACCGAACUUGAGAAAUACCCUUAGCGAUCAUUGCUAUCAUCUUAAUCAUCCCGCUUAUAAGAGGCUCGAGAAUCUUGGCGUUCAGACACCUUCAGAAUCCGAAGAAGAAGAGAUUGACGUAGUGACAUUCGAGAAGCCUAGUCGAGCGAGCAAUUUAGCUAACAAAAAUGAACAACAACAGAAUCAAU